AUGGCCUUGCCAUACCGCGCUGUAACGCCGUUCUUCGCACAUGCCGUACCUGCUGCAGUUUUUGUUACAUCUUUGUGGUUCUUCGGUCCAGCCAACAGUCCUCUUGACCGUUACGACCAUUCUCUCGACAACCACGAUGACAAUCCCUAUGGCCUUGGACCCAAUGUCCCUGAUCACUCAUUGACCGAGGGAGCUGAGCACUUGAGCGCCGCUCCAGUCAUCUUCGACGUCCCGACUUCGACCGAGACUGAGACUCAGUAUAUCACGGUCACUACAACUCAGGUGGCUCUGCCUGACGACUAUGUCCCCAUGAGGUCUGGUACCAGGAAUUUCCGGUCCCGGCAUGCAGACCUCAUCUUGACGAACUCCAUCGACAGCCCUGUCUCUUGGUUCAAAAACAACGCCGUCUUCCGCUUCUUCAAUGCUGCUUUGUUCAUUCCAAUGUUCGAUAUCUCCAGGUACUUCAUCGAGGUGGCAAUCCUGAUGCCCCAUUACUUUGUUGGCGCUCUUAUCGCAGUCCAUACCAUGGCAGCAUUUGUUAUCUUUAUGGCAAUGUGCCUCUAUAACUGGUGGCAGAGACGCAGGUCUCGUCAACAGCCUUCACCCCAGAGCCCUCCUACAUCGCCACCACCACCUGGAGGAAACGGCCCCCCACCGCCCGGAGGAGGUGGUCCGCCUCCUGGCGGUUCUCCUCCCAGUAACGGUCCCGCUCCCCCUACAACUCCUGGACCCAAACCUCGUGACGACAACCGCGCUAACUUCUCCGGUCCUACAGUCGAAACUUCUCCUAGAAGUCCGGCCCUUGACGCAGGUCGCCUUACGGCAGAUCUUACCAACGCUGUGGAAGCCCAAAGAGUCCAAACUCUGGAGACCAAUCUCAGAGUCUGCAAUGAGACAAGCCAGAUCAAGACACAGACCAUCCAAGACAGGGAUGCCACUAUCGAAAGACUCGAGGCAGAGAACAAGCUUAUCCAUGAACGCCGUAACUCCACUUCGUCCGACAUCUCCGAUCUUCGUAUAAAGCUCAGAACCGCACAGACGGCAUUGGCCGAAAGUGACGAACAACUCAGACAGGAGAGAGAGAAUGCAAAGAAGGCUACUGACAGGGCCUCGGAUAUUACUUCCCGUAACAUGAGUCAGAGAACUGCUCACGAUACUCUCCGAAAACGUUGUACAUCAUUGGAGGAUGAUCUGCAGCGUGUUAGGCAUGACCGUGACUCCGCAACAACUGAGAGAGACAAUCUCAAGGCGGCUCUCACACAACAGGAGGCCGACGCGGAAAAGGCAAGGGUUGACCCUGUCGACCGUGCCUAUACUACAGCAAAUAGAGAGCACAAUGACCUCAAGAGAAGGCACACUGUGCUAGAAGAUGAGCUAGCGGAGAGUCGCCGUCAGCUUGCCGAACUACGUGCAGCUGCACCUCCACCUACUGCUCCUGCCCCUCAAUCGGAUGGUGCAGAUGUUGCUGCACUGCGUCAAGAAAUCGAGAAGUUGAAUGCGAGCUUGGCAGAAGAGCAGAAGAAGGUCGCUUCAGCCAACGCCGAUAGGAUGUCUGAGCGACUGGCAGCGUUCGGAUCCCCUAGGUCCAAGGAUAAGUACGAUCAAGCUCUGAAGGAGGCCAGUGAUUCUCGUAGCGAGGUCACGAGCCUCACUAGCGAGAAGCAAAGACUUGUUCAGCAGAACGAAAGACUCUUGAGAGAGCAGAAACAUGGCGAUGAGGUAGCCGAAAGGCGACAGAAAGCUGCAGAAGCUGAGCUGCAGCGUUCGAAAGAUGCCGAGCAGCGGGCCACGACAUCUCUCGAGAGCUCGCAGGCUCAGGUUGAUACGCUUUCGAGAGCCAAGUCUGAUGCCGAAACUGCCAUCAAGGAGCAGCAAUAUGCAGCCGCACAGGCGCAGAAGGCUCAGCAGGAGGCAGAGCAGCGACUGAGUAACAUUGACGAGAACUACCGAGAUGAAAUCAAGAGACUCAACCAGCAGCUUACUGCUCUCAGUCAAACACAAAAUGGAAGUUCAGACGCUCUUCAGCAGCAGCAGCAAGCUAGUGCUGCUGCUAAGCAGGAGAGGCUACAGAACGUUGCUCGUGAAGCUGAACGGAAAGCCGCCCAACAUGAAGAGGAGAAGAAGCAGGCCGAAAACGAAGUAAAGAGGCUUCAAAACUCCCUCGAUGAGGUUGCCGCGCAGCUCGAUGCUGAGAAGGAGAGCAACCAUAAGAAGACCGACAAUCUCAACACGACGGUUGAAAACCUGGUCAAUCAGAACAGUCAUCUUCAGACCGCUCACGACAAUUAUAAAGCAUUGAGCGAGCGACACGCUGCAAAUGGUACAACCCUCGAGGUCACUCACAAUACACUUCGAACCGAACACGAAGAUCUUCAAAGACAAAACAACGAGCUGCAAUCCAACCUCGACCGCGGUCAAGCAGAAUAUAACAAACUUCAAGCCGACGGGAAUAAGAUGCUCAGUGAUUUACAGUCACAGGUCAACGGUCUUAUGCAAUGGAAGGCAAAGACGCUGGAAGAGAUUCAGGAAGCCCAGAGCGAGUACGACGGUGCGAAGAAAGAAGCGAGCGAAGCAAUCGUUAAGCAGGAGAAACUGGAAGAACUUCUUACUGCAGAGAGAGCUGCUUCAGAAGCUCAAGCAAAUACCGCAAGAAGGAACGAAGCGUCGCAGAGAAGUGUCAACCAGGAUACCUGGGACCAGCUUCAAGCCGCCAGGGAUCAGCUGGAACGCCGCGGAGCUCCGACGGCGGUCUAUAAGCAACCAGCCACUAAUGCCGAGUUGCAAAAGGACUACGACGCACUGGACAAAAAGAAUGAAGACCAAAGAAGAUACAUUAACCGUCUGAAGGGAGAGCAGGACAAACUGGCGAAACAGAUCGAUGAAGCCCGAUCGGAUACUAAGGACUUGAAAGAGAAACUCGCAAAGGUCGAAGAGUCAAACAUCGAACUCACUGAACAGAACUUGCGAUUCCAUGCACGACAUGGACCCCUUACAGACGAUUCUGGAUCAGAUCAUGACAUGGGGGAUACAGCUCCAGUUCCUCCGAACCCACCUGCGAUCGACCCGACUACCCAAUCUUCCAUCUCUACCCUUGGUACCAGCGGUCCUACCUUCCCUCCGCCAACCGAGGAACCAGCCAGCGCGCCCGGUACUCCUGGCAGACAGAUCAGGACACCUCGAUCCCCUCGUAGAUCUCCACAGAGAGGCAGCAUCUCGCCUCUCCGUAGAGUCAUGAAUACCGGUGGAAGCUCUGCUUCUCCGGGUUUGGCAGCAAAUCUUCCGGAUCUGGGCAGUACAACUGCCCCCAUGUUCGGCUUUGGAGGACCUUCCGGACUUUCAUCCCCAUUUAACUCACCGACCUUCCCGAGCCGUGAUGAAGCACGAAAUCAAGCAAACCUGGAUGCAGCGGCCCAACGCGAGUUAGACGCCAAGCGCGAAGCUGAAGCUGCAGAGAAGUUACAUCAGGAGAGACACGCACAAGCAGCGCUCGAAUUCUCUCAGCUACAAGGCGGCACAAUGAAUGACGCACUCAGCAGCUUCAAUAUUGAUCGAGAGAGGCAGCGGAAGCGACAAGAGCAGAACAGAAACGAUCGCAAUGGCGAACAAGACACCGAAAUGGAUACUGCUGAAGACGCCCCUCAAGUCCGCGGUCUCCCCGACAUGCAAUCUGGUGGCGUCUUGGUCGAUCCUGCAGUAGGUGUCGCGGUUGACCCUCUACUGACUGGCGGUGUGCCCGAGGUCCAUUACUUCACUGAAGAAGAGUUGCGCAAACGCGAAGAACAGCAACGCGAAGAAGAGAAACGACAGCGCGAAGAAGAGGAACGCCUGCGUCAAGCUGACCUUCCACAGCCCAGAUUUGUUGUUGGUUCUGAAGAGGAGAUAGCACACUUGAGAACAUUGCCUCAUAACGAGAACGGACGACAGGACCAAAGCUACCGAUACCACGAUUACGAAGAACCCGACGACUGGGAGGAUGAAGAUUCAGCCAAUCCCAUGCCAAUGUACUUCAGGGAUGUCAGUAGAACGGGACGGCCUUAUGGCCCGCCGGAUGCCACUUGGCGCUAAGCCUC